AUGGCAGACAGCGUGAAUCAUAUCACAGCACCAGGAGCCACUCGAGUUGGAGCAUGUUUAGUUUAUCACCACUCGUCUAAAUCCGUUCGGUCUCUAUGCCCACCGGAUUUCCAAUACUCCAACCGACCUACCGUUUACUUCCCACUCUCGUUAACAAGCGAUAGGCAUGAGCGCGUCGGAAUUAUUGAGGGUCGCCUCAAAAAGGAUACUGCUCAUCCAGGAAGGGAUAUCUAUGUUGCGAAUGUACUGCCGAAACUAAUACGUGAUACGCACGUUCUCCCGGCCCCUGUGCUGCGCGCACUGGUUCCGCUCGGAAUAAAAACUCCCGCAUAUCACAAAGAACGACAAUAA